AUGGCGACAACAACGUUGAACCACGAAACGCUUGGCCGAAUGCGGGGGCUGCUCUCUGAGGACGGGAGAACUGUGCAGUUUCGGGGUAUCAAAUAUGCUUCCAUACCGGGGAGGUGGCGAGAUCCUGUGCUCUUGAGCCAGAAGCUUGUUGAGGGAGGAGGGGAGUUCGAUGCAACGAAACAUGGGCCAUCUUGUCCUCAGCAUCCAGCUGGCUUUGCCUACGAUCUCUCUUUGGUAGGAAAUGUUACGUUGGCGAAGGAGAAUGAUGAGCAAUCGGAGUUCGAAUGUCUUAAUUUGAUUGUGGUUGUUCCUGUUGAGAGUUUACGGAAAACUGAAAGGCUUCCUGUCAUGGUUUGGGUUCAUGGGGGGUCUCUAUCCGUUGGGAGCAGCACAUGGCCUCAGUAUGAUAUCUCCAAAUUUAUUGCAAAAUCAGUCGAUCUUGGAAAGCCUGUGAUUGGAGUCUCAAUUAGUUAUCGUCUUGGCAUAUUCGGUUUCCUGGCUUCAGACGAGCUCCAGACGUCUGGAAAUUAUGGUCUGAAAGACCAAGCAUGUGCCUUCAAAUGGGUCAAGAAGAACAUAUCUGGAUUUGGAGGGGACCCCGCAAAGGUCACGGCUUUUGGGGAGUCAGCUGGAUCCAUCUUCAUUUCUAGCCUCCUACUCACAAAAGAACCGCUCUUCAACAGAGCAUGCAUGAUGUCCGGUGACACAACAUUGCGAAGACCACGAACAAUGGAGUGGCAGAACACUCACUACCAAACCAAUGUUAAAUUGUUAGGUCUCGAAAAUGCAACUGCAGAGGCCCGUAACGCAGAGCUAUAUAACAUGAGUGCGAGUGAGAUUACAGGAAGGUUGCCGGCAUUCCAGCAUUGGAGUCCCACUGUUGAUGGACUGUUCAUUCCUGAGGAGGUCACUUUGGGCGUGCUGUCUGAUGCGAGGAAUCCAGCUGGGAAGCCAGCAUGGUGUGAAGCUAUUAUGGUCGGAGAUGUUGAACAUGACGGAACUUGCUUGAAAGCUCGUAUCAUGGACGCUCCAAACGUUAUGAGCAGAUUGGAGAAUGCUUUAACUGCUUCCCUCGAUCCGCCCGAGGCCGAAAUACUUCUGAAGAAAUACGGGCUAGUUGGAAAGCUGACUCCGGCGCAGCAAUAUGCUGGUUUGUUGAAUCUGUCGACAGACCUUAGAUUUCACUUUCCUGUUUUGAAAGUCGUUGAGGGUUGGGAACCGAGCAAAUGCUUGAGAUAUCACUUCCAUCAGCCAAAUGAGAUCGACGGCACUUAUAAAGGGUUCGUCAGCCAUGAACUUGACGUCGCGUAUCUCCUUCAAAACUUUGGCUCCGCGUUUUCUGCCCAAAGUCAAGAAUUGGGAAAGAGGAUGGUGGAGGCUUGGGUUGACUUUGCUUAUUGCAUUGAGAUUAAUGGAGGGAGAGGUGAUAUUUUGGUCAUUGGGCCAGGUGAGGCAUUUGGCUUCAUUGAUGAGAAAGAGUAUGAUGAGAAGUAUCGCGGUGGUCGAGGAAAAUUGUUGCAUGAAAUUGGGUGGGAGAAAUGCUUCAAACUUGGGGAAUUAUUACAGGGAGUAUAA